UCGGCGCGCGCCCGAACUUCUUCGCCUCGCCCGUGCACGCGCCUCCAGACUUCGAUGACGUCGGUGGACCGGGAAACGGCGGGAGGGAUUGGAUAGCCGAGUCAGGCCGAAGGACUGCGGCCUGGUUUGGCGGACAGUGAAAAAUGGCUGAGGAUCCUCAGAGGAAUUUCCGUUCUCACUAUUAUGAAAAGGUUGGGUUCCGUGGUGUUGAAGAGAAGAAAUCGCUUGAGAUCCUGCUGAAGGACGAUCCAUUGGGUAUACUAAGAGACUUUAAAGUAUUCAUUGUUACACUGCUAACUCUAGAUCUUGAGAAGCUAUGCACUUUUGCUCAACGCUAUCCUCUCCCAACCAUGUAUCGCACUCUUGUGUGGAAAGUAUUGCUUGGUAUUCUCCCUCCUCACUAUGAAUCUCAUGCUGCUGUAGCAACAUUUCGGAAAGAACAAUAUGAGGACCUGUUGCAAGCAUUGCAAGUUAUCCGUUUUGUUCAAGAUUCCACACCACAAGUUUGGGUUUACCUCCGAAUGUAUCAGUUAGAGUCUGGAACUCUGCCACGCUGUCCAUCUCAAUCACUGGGACCCGAGGACAAAAUGUUAAUUGCAAUUGCGGAUGCAAUGGAAGAGAUGAUGGAGAACGAUGUUGAUGCCUAUUGGUUAAUGAAAUGUUUUGUGAAGCAAUUUAAUAAUAAAUACGGAGAUUCACUGCCUCACUUGCCAAAGAGCCUUGAAAAGUACCUGAAUCUAGAAGACAGCAAACUCCUCGCUCAUCUUAAAACCUGCUCCGCCAUUAAUAAGCUCCCCUAUGAUGUGUGGUUCACACACUGUUUUGCGGGCUACUUACCUGAAUCAAGCCUUCAAAGGGUUUGGGACAAAGUCAUAAGUGGAUCGUGCAGAAUUCUGGUCUUCGUAGCCAUGGAAAUCUUAUUAACAUUUAAGAUGAAAUUAAUGGCAAUGAAUAAAGCAGAAAGUAUUUCACAGUUCCUUCUUAAUAUACCACAGGAGAACACAGAUGCGAUCAUCAGCAAAGCCAUUGAUUUAUGGCAUAAAUAUGUUGGGACUCCUGUACACUCUGUGUAAUUAAAAUGUGAAUGAAAAAGAUUGAUUGUUUUCUUCUAUGCAAUAAUUUAUUAAAAUGACUGUUCAAAAUUUGAAAAACGCCUUUAAAUAAACAAGACAAUGCUAUAGCGUUUCACAAUUCAGCCAGAAGCUUGUAGGUUUGAGUUCCACUCUGGGGAUGUCAACACUUAACUCCUACCUUAUUAAAGAAGACUUAUAUUGGUAAUACUGCAGUUUCUUGACAACUGAAAAUGAAGACCCUGUCUCACACCCCCCUUUAAACUUCCAAAUGGAGGUACUGUAACAAAAAAAUCAUUGGCACUGUUUAACAGUCGUCACUAGAAACAGUAAUUACUUUUCAUUCCACAUCGAACAUUAUUAAAAAUAGAUAAUAUGGUCAUUGUAUUGCAUUAGUUGGCAGAUUACUGCAUAAAUAUUAAAAAUAAUAUUCUUUGGUGUAGGAAAUUGAGGGGUGAUCCUAUUGAGGUGAAUAAAAUGUGGAGCCUAACCCUAAUGCACACAGUCUUUUUUCAAUGGUUGGGAAACAGGAAUUAGAAGGCUUAGGUUUAAGGUGAGAGGGGAAAGAUUUAAUGGGAACAUCAGGGACAAGGUCAUUGUAUAAAAUGAGCUGCCAAAGGAAAUGGUUGAGGAGGGUGCAUUGACAACAUUUAAAAGACACUUGGAUGGGUACAUAAUAAAGAAAGGUUUAAAGCAAUAUGCCCAAAUACUGUAAAUGUGAUAGGGAUUUUGUUCGGCAUGGACCAGCUGACUGAAUGGCUUAAUCUGUGCUUAUAUGACUCUACAAUUGUAAUAGGGAAGGCUAGCGGGAAGGACAUUAUUUGUGGUGUUGGAAGUUUCUAAAAUGGUGUGGGAGAGAAAACAGCUGAAGUAAUCUUAAGCAUAAGAAGUCUUUAGUGGGGCACGAGGAAUCACAAUCAGCACAGGUACACCACAAGGCUGUGUGCUGAGCCCCCUGCGCUACUUAAUGCCUAUGAUUGUGUGGCUAAGUACAACUCUAGUUCCGCAUCUAAGUUUGCUGAUGACACCACUGUUGUCGAAUCAAAGCUAGUGACGAAUUAAUACAUGGGAGGGAGAUUGUAUGAUGCCAUAGCAACAACUUCUCACUCAACAUCAGCAAAACAAAAGACCUGAUUAUUGAUCAUGGGGUGAAGAAGCCGGAGGUCUGUGAGCCAGUCCUUUAGGGGAUCAGAGGUGGAGAAGGUCAGUAACUUUAAAUUCCUUGGUGUUACAAUUGUUUUGGCCUCUAGAGGUGCAGUUUGUUUUGUACAAACAUCACUUCCUGUACAUCAUCUAUUUAUACCAUCUCCUGUGUGAGUUAACUUUGAUUCAAUUUAAAGCACACAGUGAAAGACAUAUAUCGCCAUCCUUUAUUUAUUUGCCUUUGAAACAGCAAUAUCUGAAUCUUUUGGUAAUGUUGGUGAACAUUUAGUAGAUAGGUUUUGAAGGAAGUAUUAUGUUUAUUGUUAUUAAGAUAUUGUGCUUCGAGUUUACUCUUUACAUGUCGUAGUUAUGGAGUAUUGCAUAUGUGUAUUGCCUUGGUUAACAACAUUUGUGAGAAUAAUUGACAGUAUUGAAUUUAAUACACAUUUUACUUAACUUCCUGCAGUUUCACAAGUAAGAUCUCAUUAAAUACCUU